AUGUCCUCUAUCGUUAGUCAAUGUUCGACCUCCAGUUGUGGAGAGUGUAGUGCCUGUCUUGUUGCCGCAGUAGUAGGGUUAAGUAUGGACUUACUUUUCGAAUCUACGCCACUGGCAAGGACACAUUUCUUCCACGACAUAGCGCAUGCUGCAAUGUUAAAUAAUAACAAUAUUUGUGAUCUAAUUUGUAUUUUGAAAACGAUUGCGAGGAAGCAUUUGUAUUAUGUAAUGGGCAGGCUUUAUGAUACAGAGCACAAGGGAUGGUGGAACGGUGGUACUAAUGGAAGACUUUCAGAAAAAACAAUUUUUAUGCUGCGGAGCACAAUUUUGAACUGGUUGAAGACACAACGGGAGUUAGAGAAGAGAAUUUUUAUACUGAACCUUGUUGAGAAACUUCCUUGGAAUGUAGGUUUUAUUGCUAUAGGAAACCUUGUUCAAGUUUUCAACGAGAGCCACAUGCAUGAAAGUGAUCAGGUUAUCUUUAAAUAUGGAACGUACCCAUUUGCCGACAAAUACUGCUCAACUAAUACCUCGACGUCUUGGAUUCCCUUGAACGUUGCGUGCAAUAUAAAGAAGGAAUUGCAACUAGAAAAUGGGCGAAACCAGCGUCGCAAUUUUAGUAAAAUACAAAACUUGGAGGAGUCGAAGGACCGUUCCAUAUGCAACAAGAACGAGAUCUGGGAACCAGUGAAGAACUUCGCCAGAGAUACCCUUGUGCCAAUCCCAAUGUCAGAACAGCUGAUAGCGGAAAUAGCUGUUAACCGAAGCAAUGCAACAAGCGAAACUAAGCACCAACCAAAUAUUUACAACAGAUUCUUCAGUGCCCCGCAAUCAACUACUGAUGGAGAAAAAGUAGGAGGAAGCCGUGACCUGAAUGGCUAUGCCGUAAGUGGGUCGAAGAGAUUAACAGGCUAUGAAGAGAUUCUUGAAAAGAGUUGGAAUGCUGUGUCCAGUGCAAUGAGAGCAACGCUAUCCACGGUUCCUUUGAGUUUUCUGCUGAUGGAGGAGCGCAACAUCUUCUCUGGGUCAUACAAUGUUUUCGUCUUGUAUCAGAAACCUGACAACCAAAGUCUCGCAAAACGUCGUGUAGUGCACACUGAUAAUUUCCAACCAUGGCUGGCUCACAGUGAGGGCAGUACCGAAAGGAAAAGAAUUCGAUUUUUCAACAUCACACCGAAAAUGGUUGAACAUCAAUACAUGGAACCGGCAACCAGUAAUCUGUCGAACGAUCUAGGCAAUAUCUGGUUAACUGGACACGCUGGCAGUGUACGUGCUUUGUGGUUGGAUUCGCGUCGUGGGUUUUUGCUUUCGGGAAGUUACGACACGAAUAUACGCCUUUGGGAUCUCUCAGAGCAGCGCUCAAAUCCGCAAAACGUCUCAACUACCACCAGGCCGGAAGCGAAGAAAAGCGAUCCCACGCAACCCAGGAAGAGCCACUCCCGAUGUGUACGGAUUUAUCAAGGACAUACGGCCACUGUGCGUUGUCUAUGGAUGGAUGAUAGCAAAUUAUGGUUUGGUCCAAAGGAACAGUUGCGGAUCCCAAAGUUGUCAAACAUGCCUGCCUAUUCAAACGUCUAUCUUGCGGAAAGACUGGACAAAUAUGACUUGAGAUUCGCUACCGGCGGGGCAGAUGGUUUAUGCUGUGUGUGGCAACUCAACUGCAAGCAUCCAUUAUGGACAUUCAAGCACUCCGCGCCAGUGACUGCCGUAAUUCUUCGGGGACACUACUGUGCCGCAGGUGAUUGUGAUGGGCGGAUAAAAUUGCGUUUCUUGCUUGGACCGAAGCCGCGUCUGAUUAAAACGAUGAGUGGCCAUGUGGGGGAAGUGACCGCCUUACGAAUGAGUGAAGCUCACUUGGUAUCAGGCUCGAAAGACGGCUUUGUACGCAUUUGGAGUGUGACGGGUGAAAAUGUUGCAAAUUGUCUGGGGCAGAUGCCACAUCCUAGUGCCGUGCUCUGCCUAGAACUUUGUUACCUACGCGUUGUGACUGGGUGUGCAGACGGUCGGAUUCGUAUUUGGAACGUGUUAACGCAACAUUGUCAGCGUGUCUUAAUCGGCAACAAUCGACUUGAUCCCAUCCUCUGCCUGAUGGUAACGGAUAACAGGCUCUUUUUCAGCACACAACAUAACGUUCUGGCCAUGGAGUUUGAGGAGCCACAGUGGCAAUAUGUAUUUGGUCCAGAUGCCAAAGCGGAACAUGCCAACGUUCGUAUACCUACUGCUUCUGAGAACACAUUGUCAAGGCGACGUCCAAGGUCACAUGCAGAAGUAAGGUACAACAGAGCACGGCUCGUACGCUCAGCUGACCCUAGGCUUUUAAGACAUGCUAUGCAUGUAAGGAAAUAUAACACUAACUUCUCGUCAAGACCGUUUGGCAUCAAGCGGUCCCGUUCCGCCUCGCUGGAAGUAAAAUCUUCCAGUUCAACGUUUGGACAAGGCCUUUCUUACCGAGCACAAUUCCGCAAAUCUUUGUGGAGACCGAAUAACCGUGAUCAAGAACUCACGGAAUUUUUUAUAACCCCUCCAAUCACUUCACGCCCGACUGUCCAAAGGAGGGAGCCAAACCAAACAACAACUUCGUUUCUUAGAAAAUAUCACACAGCUUCCAAAACCACUCGUCCUGUGCAGGAAAAACCAGUGCGAAAGAAAGAUAAAAUAGCGUCCAUUAAACAGGUCUCACCUGAACGCAGCAAAGAAGUACAAGAUGAGCAUUUGCCCGUUUCACUGAAUCGAAGGUGGAGUUUUAGCGUUCUGUCAGCAUACUACGCUACAGCCGAUAAGGAUGGUUACGGCGAAAGCAUUUCCAACACCGUCAAAAUGACUUUACUCCAGCGAGUGCGGAACCGACGUGCCCAAAUGGUCGGAGAAGAUUUGUCGUCACACUUCAUUCGAGUACCCGUGCAAUGCAACAACUUGCGUCUUAGAAGUCUAUCGGAAUCAGCCAGGAGAAAUACAAUUUUGCCAAAUAAUCCGAGCCCUGCCUCAGAACCAGAUAUGGAAGCUUGUCGAAAGAAAACACGUACAAUGAAAGAAUGCGUCUGA